AUGGAUGACCCAGGAGAUCUAUUUGAGGAUAUUCCGACUGAUUUAGAAAUUCCUGAGAAUUUGCCCUUAAAUAAUAUUCUUGUUAGAGAUUUUGAGAAGGUAGCGAAUUUUCAAGACCCCACAUAUAAAAUAAUAGAAGAGUUAAUUGAGAAUUUAGUGAAAGAGACAGAUCGCUAUGUUGAACAUAUUCUUAGUACUCCGGAUUUUGAAUUAGAUGAAAAUUAUUUGAGUCAAAAUUUAAAUAACUUGAAAAAAUUGAUUGAAACUACUUUCAAAUUAAACAAGUAUAAAAAUGCAUCACAGAACACCAAGAAGAAAGCAAAAUCUAACGCCUCGAAUGAUCCUGAGUUUUCUUUAGAAUCAUUAAAUUACUUUCAGAGUAAUUUAAAUGUACCCUCUUUGCAAGAUUUGCUAAGACAAGAAUACAUAGAAAAUCAAGAAUUCGAUCGUACAUCUCUGGAAAUGCUACUAAAAUCUAAUGAGAACUAUCAGUACUUGAAAAAUAUCUGCUUUGUUCUAAAGAAUCCUUUAGAUCCAUUUCCUGACGAAGAUAAUGAAGAUGAUGAGUUGAAAGUAAGUGGAGGCAAAAUUGAAUUGAGGGAUCCAAUAUCAAUGAAUUACUUCACACAUCCAGUAACUUCUAAAAAGUGCCUUCAUACUUAUGAGGAGUCAGCGAUAAUCUUGUAUUUGGAUGAAGGCAGUCAAGUUUGUCCUAUAAAUGGCUGUAAUUCACCUUUGUCUAUAAAUGACUUAAAAUUUGAUAAAAUAAUGCUUCUUAGGACAAAAGCUUUCCUUGCUCGAGAGAAACAUAGGGGACGUUACGAAAAUAUAGAAAGGUUAUAA